GAGGAUCCCACCAUAUAGGUGUAUACAUGUCUCCUCAUAUGGCUCUCCUAUGUCAGAGCCCCUCUCUCUUCGAUUGUGGGAGAAACCCAUUCUCUCUCUCUCUCUCUCUCUCUCUCUCUCUCUCGCAUUGUGCUACUUUAUCAAACUGUGGGCGAAUACCAAAGAAAAAAAUGUCUUCCCCAAGCAAACGCAGAGAAAUGGAUUUGAUGAAACUGAUGAUGAGUGACUAUAAAGUGGAGACGGUCAAUGAUGAUAUGCAAGAGUUUUAUGUGGAUUUUCAUGGGCCUGCUGAGAGUCCUUAUCAUGGGGGUGUGUGGAGGAUAAGGGUGGAGCUACCAGAUGCUUAUCCAUAUAAAUCUCCUUCUAUUGGUUUUGUCAACAAGAUCUACCACCCGAAUGUUGAUGAGAUGUCUGGCUCGGUGUGCUUAGAUGUUAUAAAUCAGACCUGGAGCCCCAUGUUUGAUCUGGUAAAUGUGUUUGAAGUGUUUCUUCCUCAACUUCUUUUGUAUCCCAACCCAUCAGAUCCUUUGAAUGGAGAAGCCGCUGCUCUUAUGAUGCGUGAUCGAACUGCUUAUGAACAAAAAGUUAAAGAAUACUGUGAGAGAUACGCCAAACCAGCAGAGACCGGGGAUGUCUCUGAGGAGGAAUCUACUGAUGAGGAGCUGAGUGAAGAUAACUAUUCCUCUGGGGAUGAGGCAGUUGCUGGCCAUGCUGAUCCUUAGCUGGAUGAGUGCAUGACUCUGCUAUAUGAACAGUUACAUCACAAAAACAAAAAAUGAAGGGAAAAUGUUGAUUAGGUAUCCAAAUCUUCAUAUAUAUAUAUAUAUCCAUUGAAUGCCCUAAUUAAGGUGCUUGCUCAUUGUAGUGGACUUAACAGAACACAAGGUGGCCUAGGCUCCACAUCUUGUCUUGUGCUAUGAUGUCAUGGGAACAACUCCAGAGGUGAUGUGUAUGGGCAAACUUUUGAGAUGACUUAAAAGCUCUCUCAAUACAUCAAAUUAUUUGGGGACAA